GGCAGAGCCGCGCUGCCGCCAUGGGGUGUUAGCGCGGCCGGGCCCGCUCCGCCGGAAAGAGCCGCCACCGCCCGCCGGCCCCGCUCCGCCUCGCCUCACUCUGCUCCGCUCCUCCGCCCCGAGCCCAUGAGCCUGAACGAGCACUCGAUGCAGGCGCUGUCCUGGCGGAAGCUCUACCUGAGCCGAGCCAAGCUGAAAGCCUCCAGCCGCACCUCCGCGCUGCUCUCCGGCUUCGCCAUGGUGGCUAUGGUGGAAGUUCAGCUUGACCCAGACCACGACUAUCCUCAGGGGCUCUUGAUAGCCUUCAGUGCCUGCACUACUGUGCUUGUUGCAGUUCACCUUUUUGCACUCAUGAUAAGUACCUGCAUCCUUCCAAACAUAGAGGCUGUUAGCAAUGUGCAUAACCUCAACUCUGUCAAGGAAUCUCCUCACGAGCGCAUGCACCGGCACAUUGAGCUCGCCUGGGCGUUCUCCACUGUCAUUGGGACUUUGCUCUUUCUUGCAGAAGUGGUGUUACUGUGCUGGGUCAAGUUCCUUCCUUUAAAGAAGAAAACUGACAACACCCCACAGAGCAACAGUUCUACCAUCACAUCAGGGCAGGCAGCAGCCAUUGCAUCGACGUCCAUCAUGGUGCCCUUUGGAUUGAUUUUCAUUGUGUUUGCAGUCCACUUCUACCGGUCACUGGUGAGCCACAAAACAGACAGGCAAUUUCAGGAACUCAAUGAACUUGCUGAAUUUGCACGGCUCCAGGAUCAACUGGAUCACAGAGGUGAUGCUGUCACCUCAGCUGUCACCAAUUUUGUGUAAACCUGUGCUUAAGAAAAUAAACCCACUCUUCUGCUUCUGCC